GGACAAGACCAGAGUUCAAGGAAUCAAGGGGCUCAGAUUCCUGUUGUUUCCUAUUUCUCUCCACACCAUGAGAGGAAAUCAGCUGCCCAGUCCAGUCUUGAUUCUACUUUUCCUGCUCCUUCCCAGAGAUGCCUUCACUGCUUCAAAACCGCAGUACCUGGUGCUGGUCCCAUCUCAGCUGUACACUGGGGUUCCUGAGAAGGCCUGUGUCAUGCUCAAUCACCUGAAUGAGACGAUGACACUGAACAUAAUUCUGGACUAUGGAAUGCAGAUCAGUACCCUCCUCACCGAGCUGGUGACAGAGAAGAACUACUUCUCCUGCAGCCCCUUCAUUAUUCCAAAGCUGUUAACUUCCUCAGGGUUCAUUACUGUGGAGGUGAAAGGGGCAACACAGCAAUUCAUAAAGAAGAACAUCAUACAUAUAAGGAGAGCAGAGAGCAUUGUCAUUGCCCAAACAGACAAACCCAUCUACAAACCAGGACAAAAAGUGAGAUUCCGCAUCGUCUCUGUGGAUGUCAAUUUUCACCCUGUGAAUGAAACGUUCUCCGUGGUUUAUAUUGAGAAUCCCAAGAGGAAUCGAAUUUUCCAAUGGCAAAAUGUCAGACUGCAAGGGGGACUCAUCCAGCUCUCCUUCCCACUCUCGGUGGAGCCCACCCUGGGUACCUAUAAUAUUAUGAUGCAGAAGGAGUCAGGGGGAACACUACAGCACUCCUUUGAGGUGAAGGAAUAUGUUUUGCCCAAAUUUGAGGUCCAAGUGAAAAUGCCCAAGGUUAUCGGCUUUCUAGAUGAAGAAUUUUUGGUGUCCGCCUGUGGCCUAUACACAUAUGGAAAGCCGGUCUCUGGUCUGGUGACAAUUAACGUAUGCAGAAAAUAUUCACGAUACCAUUCCAACUGCCAUGGAAGAUAUUCGCAAAAGAUCUGUGAAGAAUUCAGUCAACAGGCAGACGAUAAAGGCUGUUUCACACAACUCGUACAGACGAAAAUAUUCCAGCUGAGACAAAAGGGGUAUGACAUGGCAAUACAAGUGGAAGCCAAGGUCAAAGAGGAGGGAACAGAGUUGGAAUUAACUGGGCAUGCAUCAUGCACAAUCACAAGCACCUUAAGCAAAUUGAAAUUUACAAAAGUGGAUACAUAUUACAGACAUGGGCUCCCUUUUUUUGGACAGGUUCUUCUAGUCAAUGAGAAGGAUCAGCCCAUCCCCAAUAAAACUGUAGUCGUCACUGUGGAUGGAAAUGCGUAUCAUUCCAACUUUAUCACGGAUGAGCAUGGUUUGGUAGACAUUUCCAUUAAUACCACCAGGUUCACAUCUUCUUCAUUCACCGUUUUGGUCACUUACAAAAAGAACAGCCACUGUUUUGAUAACUGGUGGCUUGAAGAAUAUCAUAUAUCGGCACAGCACACUGUAAAGCGUAUUUCCUCCCCGAGCAAGAGUUACCUACACCUUGAACCUGUUACUGGUACCGUGGCCUGUGGACAAAUCCAGGAGAUCCGGGCACACUACAUCCUGAAUGAACAGAUUCUAAAGGAUGAAAAAGAUUUGACCUUCUAUUAUUUGAUCAAAGCAAGAGGAAUCAUCUCCCGGUCAGGAAUCCACGUGUUGUCCAUUGAGCACGGAGAAAUGAAAGGGGUAUUUUCCUUCUCCUUUCGAGUGGAGUCGGACAUCGCUUCUGAUGCCCAGUUGCUGCUGUAUGCUUUUUUGCCUGAUGGAGAAAUCAUUGCCGACACGGAGAGAAUCGAAAUCGAAACCUGUUUUACCAAUAAGGUCAAUUUGAGCUUCUCCUCAGCCCAGAGCCCACCGGCCUCAAACAUCAACCUGGAGGUCACAGCCACUCCCCAUUCUCUCUGUGCCCUCCGUGCGGUUGACCAGAGCGUUCUGCUCAUGAAGCCUGAAGCUGAGCUCUCGCCUCAUUCGGUCUAUGAUUUGCUGCCACCGAAGAGCGUCCCUAGCGUUGCACACGGAGGUCCCAUGAAUGCAUAUGGUGAAAAAUGUAUCGAGGCAGUGGACAUAGUUCACAAUGGAAUUGUUUACACACCAAGGUGGGCCGUAAAAGAGGAUGACGUUUACAGUGUUUUUGAGUCUGCAGGAUUAAAUAUUUUUACCAACUCAAAACUCCACAGUCAGUCUUUUUGUUGGCUGCCUCCACCAUAUCCACCAUAUCCUGUAGACUAUGAAGACGCCCGUAUACAAGCCUUACCACAAGUAGCCCCUGGUGUUGGAGGAAGAGCUCAAUCAAUAGCAAUGAAUGAGAAUGUUCCAGCCAUAGUAGAACGUCCCAUGAAAGAGACAAUCCGAAAGUACUUCCCUGAGACCUGGAUCUGGGACUUGGUACCCCUCGAUUUAUCGGGUAGAAGUGAGUUGGCAGCGAAGGUCCCUGACACCAUCACUGAGUGGAAGGCCCAUGCAUUCUGCUUGUCUGGAACCACAGGGCUGGGUCUCUCCCCCAUCAUCUCUCUUCAAGUGUUCCAGCCCUUCUUCGUGGAACUCACUCUCCCCUACUCCGUGGUUCGAGGAGAAGACUUUACCCUCAAAGCCACCGUGUUCAAUUAUUUGUCCCACUGCAUUCGGGUCAGCGUGCAGCUAGAAGCCUUCCCUGACAACUCGGCCGACCUAGUGAGAAAGAAUGAAGCCAAUCACUGCGUCUGUGGAAGCAGGCAGAAAACGGUGUCCUGGACUGUGACUCCAAAGUCACUGGGCAAGGUGAAUUUCACAGCUACCGUGGAGGCCCUGCAGUCUGAAGAAUUGUGCGGCAACGAGGUGCCUACAGUCCCGGUGGUUGGGCAGAAGGACACUGUAGUCAAGCCCUUAUUAGUUGAGCCUGAAGGGAUAGAACAGGAGGAAACUUUCAACACACUCCUCUGUGCAUCAGAAACUGGAGUGUCUGAAAAGCUGUCACUCAAAGUUCCUUCAGAUGUGGUUGAAGGAUCUGCCAGGGCGACAUAUUCGGUUUUGGGUGACAUACUAGGUUCUGCAAUGCGAAAUCUCCAGAAUCUUCUCCGGAUGCCAUAUGGUUGUGGAGAGCAGAAUAUGGUCCUUUUUGUCCCUAACAUCUAUGUUCUGAACUAUCUGAAUGAGACAGGACAGCUGACGGAGGAUAUCAAGUCCAAAGCCAUCAGCUAUCUUGUCAGUGGGUACCAAAGGCAGUUGAAUUAUAAGCACAAAGAUGGUUCAUACAGCACCUUUGGGGAUUAUGAUAGUAGAAGUCAGGGAAACACUUGGCUUACUGCAUUUGUGCUCAAGUCCUUUGCUCAAGCCCGGUCGUACAUUUUUGUGGAGAACUCGCACAUCAUGGAUGCCCUCACUUGGCUCUCACAGAAGCAGAAGGAAAAUGGUUGCUUCCAACGCUCCGGAUCACUGCUAAACAAUGCUAUGAAGGGCGGGGUAGACGACGAAGUGACGCUCUCUGCCUACAUCACCAUUGCUCUGCUGGAGGUGCCACUGCCUGUCACUCACCCUGUUGUCCGCAACGCUCUAUUCUGCCUGGAAAGUGCCUGGAGAUCCAUUUCAGAGUCAGAGGCCCAAGGAAAUCUUGUCUACACCAAAGCAUUAUUGGCCUAUGCCUUUGCCCUAGCAGGAAACCAGGCCAAGCGAAGUGAGCUGCUUGAAUCACUGGACAAAGAUGCUGUGAAAGAAGAUGAGUCGAUCCACUGGCAGCGUCCUGGGAAAGUUCAAGAAGUUCCGUCGCUCUAUUAUCAACCCCGGGCUCCUUCUGUUGAAGUGGAGAUGACCUCUUACUUGCUCCUUGCCUAUCUUACUGCUCGGCCUACCCCAUCUUCGGAAGAUCUGUCUGUGGCUUCACGUAUUGUGAAAUGGAUCACCAAGCAACAAAACCCCAAUGGGGGCUUCUCCUCCACUCAGGACACGGUGGUCGCGCUUCAAGCCCUGUCCAAAUAUGGAGCCGCAACAUUCAGUAAAAUGGAGAAAGCUGCUGUAGUCACUGUCAAGUCUUCGGAGACCUUCUCGGAAAAAUUCCAAGUACACGAUGCCAACCGCCUGUUGCUUCAGGAAAUCAGGUUGCCAGAGAUUCCAGGGGAGUACAGCACGACCGUGUCAGGAUCAGGAUGUGUGUACCUCCAGACAUCCCUGAGAUAUAAUGUCCUGCCCAAGAAAGAAGGGAAAGUUCCCUUCGCUCUGAAGGUUGAUACUCUCCCCAAGAAUUGUGAUGGCGUAGAAGCUCACAGGAAGCUGCAGAUUCACAUCAACAUUAGUUACACUGGAGAACGACCAAGCUCCAACAUGGCCAUUGUUGACGUGAAGAUGAUGUCAGGCUUCAUACCUGUGAAAUCAUCAGUGAAAAGGCUCCAAGAAAAGCCUCAGAUUCAAAGGACUGAAGUGAGCACCAACCAUGUCCUGAUUUACUUUGAAGAGCUAACCAAUCAGACCCUGAGUUUCUCCUUCUCAGUGGAACAAGACAUCCAAGUAAACAAUUUAAAACCGGCUACUGUAAAAGCCUAUGAUUAUUAUGAGACAGAGGAAUUCACUAUUGAAGAGUACAGUGACCCCUGCAGUGCUGAAUCUGAACACGGAAGUGCUUAAAAAUGGAAACAUGUGGACCUCAUCAGAUGAUCUUCUCUAGCAAUGAAGAACAAAGAAUGAUCAGCAGAAAAUAUAAACAGGGGACAGGAAUCGGAAUACGUAAAAUUUGUAUGUGGAAUAAAUUUAUGACAUAUACACAUCUACAAUUUCUUUUGUUCUUUAUCAAUGAUACAUUUCCCUUCUGAAAUCUGUAUCUAUUCCCCAUAACAUUUUUAAAAACACUAUUAAAGCUCUACAAAAAGCUGCGCUCAAAACACUAUAGAUAAAUCAAAAUGGAAUUCCAAAAAGUGUUCAGAUAACCCACAGGAAGGUAGGGUAAAGAAAGCAAUGUUUCCAAAUAUUGAAAACAUCCAAAACGUCCAUCAGUAGGUGAAUGGUUAUACUAACUGUGGUGCAUUCAUGCCGUGGAACACUACUCAGCAAUAAAAUGGAACCAACUACCGACUUACACAAUCAUUUGAAUGGAUCUCAAAACUAUUACGCUGAAUGAAAAUACAGCAAUUUCAAAAGGUCAUAGUGCAUGUUUCCUUUUGUCUAACAUUACUGAAAUGACAAAAUGAUAGAAAUGGAAAACAAAUCAGUGGUUUCCAGGGGUUAUGGAUGGUAAGGCAAGGGAGAAUUGGCAUGACUAUAAAGGGCUAGCUUUAGACACACCUUUGGGUUGAUGACAUCCCGUGUGUGUUUCCUUCACAAGUAAAAGUUUUGAAUUUGUGGAGCUUAAUAAAAUACAGCCUUUAAUAACUAU